AGCCAUUUGGGGGGGGGAGUGACCAGCUCAGAUGAACGUUGGAAGAAGGGUCACUCUUGGCACAGAGAAAUGAAGGUGGGCAGGGGGCACCUAGAGCAGGAAGCCCAGCCGGUGGCAGCUCCGAAGGCCUAGCAAAGGCCAGUAGGACCCCUCCUUGAGUACAUUUGCUGGGACCUAGCCGUGAGGCGUCUCUGCCCUCCCCGCGCACCUUCGGCUAUAGUUCAGAGCGAGCUCACUGUAUACCCAGGGUGCCCCGCACCCGCGGCGGAAGUGACUGCCUCACCCGGGAGUCCCUGAGCGGAAGGAACUGCCAGAAGGGCGGGAAGCGCGUGGAGGCCACCUCAGAGCCCCAAGCAAGGUCAGGAGGAGCCAGGGUAUGAAGUGGUGGGCGCUCGGAGAACCACUGGUAGCCAGAUGGCAGGAGAGGAGGCUCAAGAGGAUGAAGAUGAGACGUUACAAGCUCUUUCUCGUGUUCUGUAUGGCCGGCCUGUGCCUCAUCUCCUUCCUGCACUUCUUUAAGACCCUGUCCUAUGUCACCUUCCCCCGAGAACUGGCCUCCCUCAGCCCGAACCUCGUGUCCAGCUUCUUCUGGAACAAUGCCCCCGUCACGCCCCAGGCCAGCCCGGAGCCGGGCAGCCCCGACCUGCUGCGAACGCCACUCUAUUCCCACUCGCCCCUGCUCCAGCCGCUGUCCCCAAGCAAGGCCGGCGAGGAACUCCACCGGAUGGACUUCGUGCUGCCCGAGGACACCACGGAGUAUUUCAUCCGCACCAAGGCGGGAGGCGUAUGCUUCAAACCAGGCACCAAGAUGCUGGAGAAGCCCCCCUCGGGGCGGCCCGAGGAGAAGGCCGAGGGCGCCGACGACUCAUCGGCCCGGGGCCCGGCCCGCAUGCUGAGCGCCCGCGAGCGCCCGGGGGCCCGCGGCCCGCGGCGCAAGUGGGUGGAGUGCGUGUGCCUCCCGGGCUGGCACGGGCCCAGCUGCGGCGUGCCCACCGUGGUGCAGUACUCCAACCUGCCCACCAAGGAGCGCUUGGUGCCCCGCGAGGUGCCGCGGCGGGUCAUCAACGCCAUCAACAUCAACCACGAGUUCGACCUGCUGGACGUGCGCUUCCACGAGCUGGGCGACGUGGUGGACGCGUUCGUGGUGUGCGAGUCCAACUUCACGGCGUACGGGGAGCCGCGGCCGCUCAAGUUCCGCGAGAUGCUGACCAACGGCACGUUCGAGUACAUCCGGCACAAGGUGCUCUACGUCUUCCUGGACCACUUCCCGCUGGGCGGGCGGCAGGACGGCUGGAUCGCCGACGACUACCUGCGCACCUUCCUGACGCAGGACGGCGUGUCGCGCCUGCGCAACCUGCGGCCCGACGACGUCUUCAUCAUCGACGACGCCGACGAGAUCCCGGCGCGCGACGGCGUGCUCUUCCUCAAGCUCUACGACGGCUGGACGGAGCCCUUCGCCUUCCACAUGCGCAAGUCGCUGUACGGCUUCUUCUGGAAGCAGCCUGGCACGCUGGAGGUGGUGUCGGGCUGCACGGUGGACAUGCUGCAGACGGUGUACGGGCUGGACGGCAUCCGCCUGCGCCGCCGCCAGUACUACACCAUGCCCAACUUCCGCCAGUACGAGAACCGCACCGGCCACAUCCUGGUGCAGUGGUCGCUCGGCAGCCCCCUGCACUUCGCCGGCUGGCACUGCUCCUGGUGCUUCACGCCUGAGGGCAUCUACUUCAAGCUCGUGUCCGCCCAGAACGGUGACUUCCCCCGCUGGGGGGACUACGAGGACAAGCGGGACCUCAACUACAUCCGGAGCUUGAUCCGCACCGGGGGCUGGUUUGACGGCACGCAGCAGGAGUACCCGCCAGCCGACCCCAGCGAACACAUGUACGCCCCUAAGUACCUGCUCAGCAACUACGCCCAGUUCCGUUACCUGCUGGACAACCCCUACCAGGAGCCCAAGAGCACAGUGGAAGGUGGGCGGCGGAACAGGGCUCCCGAGGGAAGGCCACCUGCCAGGGGCAAAUUGGAUGUGGUCGAGGGCUAAGGCUGCAUGAGCUUAGAGGGCCAGUGGCAGGGUGGGAGGUGGCGGCUGCCCCUCCUGAUAUUUUCCUGCCUCCCUCUGCCGUCUGGCUGGUUCUUGAGAAGACCAGGAGUGCAUGGGUGGAGGAGUCUUCCCUACUUGGGCCCUUGUGAAUCAAGGGUCAGGCCUGUGAGCUCACAAAACAUCCUUCCUCAUCAGGAGAGGGGAGUCCAGCCCUUCAGUCCACCAAGAGCCCUGUGGCUGGGAGGUGCCAGCCGGGAGUGCAUGAUGGUUCCUGGAUAGCGAGGGAGGGCGGGCAGGGUGGGGAAGGGAACCUGCAGGAGCUCCCCAGGGCCACCAGGGGGGAGCUGCGGACCCUGCCAGGAAGAAACCUACCAUUUGGCCUCCUGGGGCUUUGGACCUGUGGCGGAAAAGUGGACGUGCCAGGAGGUCCUGGGGCUCUGUAAAUAGAUGCUGUUGGGUCCAGGAGGAAAAGGGGACACCGGGGUGGGAGGGGAUGAAAAACAGCAGCCAGCUGGGAAGACUUGCGGUGUCCUCAGAAGAGCUGAGCCAGAGGGAGCUGAGAGCUCUGUCCCAUGGGCCACCCCUGUGCUGGAUGGCACCUGUGGGGUAGGCGGGGGUCUGUGGAAGCCCAAGGAGUCUUCCUUUUGGUUCCAAACCUGGCCUUGACAUUCCUUCUUUCUUUUUAUAUUGCUGUCUUGUGGGCUGCCCACUCAGCCCUUGCAAGGCCAAGAGUCCAGUUCUCAGGGUGGGGUGGGAGCCCGAGGCUGGACCAUCAGACAGCCUAGUAGGUCGGGCCUGGGAGGGGUGUGGGGGAGGAGGCAGUUCACCAUCACCCCUUCCCACUGAAACCCACAGCCGCAGCUCCCCACCAUCUCUGGUCGAGUCACCCUUGUGCCCCUCCUUGGGGCUGCUAGAACCGGGAAGGGCCCAGGGGGCUGCCCUGGGCCCAGAGGGACUUGAAGGCCAACUGUAUGUCGUCUCAUUCCUCUUUGCCUCGUGAGGGCAGAGGAUAUAUUGGUUAGAUUCUAAGCUGCUUUAAUUGAGACCCCAAAAUACAGUGGUUUAAGCAAGACAGGCUUGUUUCUAGCCUAACUGUUAAGAGAGGGAUGGUCCAGAUCCAGUAAGGCAGCUCUGCUUUCCUUCACAUGCACCGUCUGAUUCUGGUUAGAGUGGUUGCUUCAGCUCCCACCAUCACAUGUGCAUCCCAGCCCAGGGGAAGCAGAGAACGGCAAGAGAAGCACAUGCCCUUUCCUGUUAAGGGCGUGAGCUGGAAAUGGCAUGGUCACUUCUGAUCGCAUCUCACUGGCCAGGUCUUAGUCACAUGGCCACAACUAGCUGCAAGGGAAGCUGGGAAAGGUAGUCUUCAGCCACAUGCCCGGCCUCAGCUUGAGAGUUCUCUUAGUAAAGGAAGGGGGAGAGAAUGGAGACAGGAGACAAGGAGCAUCUCUGGCACAGAGGAAGGGGGAUGGGGAGAGAGUAUAGGAAUGACUAACGCAGUCCUAGGAUCCUACUCUCACGUUCAGAGCUCUUAGAAGCACCCGCUCGUGUCCCCACUCACUGCCAGCCCAGGGUUGGAGGGCAAUUAGAGCCUGUAGUUGUAGGAGGGGGUGACACAGCCCCCUCCCAAGGCCCCGUAGAUGUUCACCCAGUGAUGCCAGGAUGCAGAGGCUGCCCGUGGAACGGUACAUGUUUGUGCGUGUGUGCGUGUGUAUUUAUGGGCAUGUGUGCAUGCUUGGUGUGUACUUGUACAUGUCUGUAUUGGGGUGUCCCUGUAAAUAUAUGCUAAUGUAUGAAUGUGGGGGCAGGGCCCAGGCCUCCCCUUCCCCAGGACCUGGAGCCUGUGGCCACACCUCCUUAUGGCUCUCCCAAAGUGACUGAGGCAGAAAGCCCUUGGGGAGCCUAGAAAGCAAGGCUAAAGGGGGUGCGGGGUCUGUCUGUCCGUCUUUCAGUCCAAGGAAGGAGAAUCCUCCUGACCUGAGGGCUGAACAGCUGAGAGCUCACUACCUCCCCAGCCCAUCUUGGUCCCAGCCACGUCCUUCCAUCCCAUCCCACCCAGCCUCCAGCCUGAACUUUCUCUGGAUGUCUUACUGGGGUUUCCUGAUGGGCCAGGAAAGAAGGGUAUCUCCCUUGCCAUAGCUCUGUCCAAGGAAAUGUUGUGUGGGCGUGGCCUGGGGAGCUGGCCACAGAGCAGUCUCGGUGGGCAGGCAUGAAGCAGGUGGAGGGGGCUCGCUGGCCUCCACUCUGCCUCCCCAAGGGAGUCUGUGGCAUGCCCCGAGGGAACUCCUCCCUUGGAGUUACAGCAAUUGCCCUCCCAGUCCCUGUUGGAGCUGAGAAGUGGCAAAAGAGGUCAGAAUGUCUCUGUGGCUCUGGGCCCACCCAGGCCAGGGCCUGCCUUUCCAGCCACCUUGCUCACCUCCUGGACCAGCAUUCUAGGGGCUUCUGAAUCGUGCCUCAGCCCCAGCCCAGGGCAGGCUUCCUCGUCCCUUGCUCCUGGCACCCUCAGCUGCUCUGGGAAGCACCCUCCCCAGGCUGGUGGGGGUCCCUGGCCACCAGUUCACCAGCUCCAGGGCAGGGGAAGGAGAAGGGGGGAGCUCAGACCUGCCAGGCCCCCCCUUCCCUCUCAGACCCAGAGCGUGGUCGUGUCACUGCCAUGGGGAGACCUGGCCAUUGGGUGGAGAGGGCAGCCAUCGGGUAGGGGGGGCAAGCUGUGGAGUUGAAGAGUUUCACUUAUACUCAUACCAUACACUGGGAAUUUGGGGGGGCAGGGGAUCCCUGGGCCACUCCCCCAGUAUGAAAGGAAACCAAACUGUGAAUGGGAGUGCGGGUGCACUGCUGGCCCUGUCGCCAUCACCAGGUGUCUUUCCCUGGGAACCACUGGCCCUGUGACCUCUAGACUCAGGAGGCUCAGCCCACUCAAGGUCAUGUCAGUUCUUGAGGGCAGGUUUGCAGGGGCGGAUGUGAGAGAGCUGUGGGGGCAAAGGUGACAGGUGGGGAGGGGAGACGGGACUUCUCCAAGCAGAAGACAGGGCCCUGGGAAAUGUAUAAUUUAAGGAUGCCAAUGAUAAUAGUAUUAUUUUUUUUGUAAGGGAAAAUCAAUAUGUACAUUCUGAAAUCAUUUUCUCUGUAAAUGGUUGGAUUUCAUUUCACCCUUAAAGGGAUGCUUAAAGGAAAAGAUAAUAUUAAUAAUAAAAACAGCUACAAAGUCUGAAAA